AAGGCAGGAGAAAAGCACCCGGGACAGGAGAAGCCCAAGCUCCGUGCGUGGUGGAGGAAUAACCAACGGGGUAAAAUAACGCCAUGGGAGGGGGCGCGGUGGGGUGGGCUGGGAUGGAGAGGGGCUGGAGGGCCGGGAGAUGGAGAGGACCCUUCUGCCGAGCCGGGUGGCCGGAGGGCAGUGGCAGGGCUGGCAGGUCGGAAUGGAGUUGGCAGGGGAAAAAUGGAAAGCAAAGAAUGCAGGAAUGCCUUUUCUUUCUGCUCUGUGUCAGCACAGCUCCCAGGUUACUUCCCAUGAGGCAUCCCGAGCUGCUUUCCCUGUCCCGCUGCAGAGCUGUGCCCGGCUGGUUAACCCUUUCAUAGCCAGGGUCCCCGCUUCCUCCGCACCGAAGCUCGGCCGUGUCUGCCACGGGGCAGGUUCGCUCUUAAAAAGUCGCAGCGUCUUUUCAGUCAGCCGGUGCGUCGCUACGGGGCUGUGCAAGAGGACCGCGACCCUGGGGACGGGUUCUUCUGCCCAGUACAACCGAAGCACGUUUCUUUCCUCCUCAGGGCUACCGGACUCAUCGUGGUUUGACUUCAAGGCAUGGAGAGGCAGCAUCAGCUGCAGGAGAGACGUAGCAUGGCUCACAGUCAGCUGCCCAACGACUCCUGGCAGAACGGCUCAGCGCCUCUCUUCACCGGCCUGGACCUCCUCCUGGAGCUGAAGCCCCUCUUCAUCCCUCUCUACGCCACGCUGGUGGCAGUGGCAUGCACGGGGAACCUCUUCCUCGUCCUCCUCAUCGCCCUCACCAAGAAGCUGCACUGCACCACCAAUUUCCUGAUCGGGAACCUGGCGGUGGCCGACUUCAUCAUGUGCCUCGCCUGCGUCCCCCUCACCGUCUCCUACGCCUUCGAGGUGCGGGGCUGGCUCUUUGGGAUGUUCAUGUGCUACUUUGUCACCUUGAUGCAGGCCGCCACUGUCUUCGUCUCGGUGCUGUCCCUCACCGCCAUCGCCAUCGACCGGUACGUUGUGGUGGCGUACCCUAUUCGCAGGAGGAUAAGCCGCAGGUCCUGCAUCUGCCUCGUGGCCUGCAUUUGGUUACUCUCCAUCAUGGCCUCUGUUCCCACAUCACUGCACACCCACUACUUGGAUCUCAACGCCAUCGGCCACGACAUGAUCAUCUGUGAAGAGUUUUGGAAGCACGAAGAGAGAGAGCGGCUGCUGUACUCGUGCUUGAUGCUCCUCUUGUCCUACAUGCUCCCACUUUUGGCGGUAUCGGUCUCCUUCUGUGCCAUCACCUACCACCUGCGGAGGAGGAACGUCCCGGGCGCUGCCUAUCCCUGCCAAGACAAAUGGACCAAAACGAAGCAGAAGACCUUCCGGGUGCUCACCGUCUCGGUGGUGUGCUUUGCUAUCUGCUGGCUGCCCCUCCAGGUGGUGAACUUCAUCAGAGACAUCGACGAGGAGUUCACUAUCCUGGACAAGAGGUACGUCAAUGUCAUCCAGGUCUCCUGUCACCUGAUUGCCAUGAGCUCUGCCUGCUACAACCCUUUCAUCUAUGCCUCCCUCCACGACAAGUUCUGGUUCCACCUCAGCAGCUACUUCUACCGCAAGAAGAAGAGCUCCAGCAUUAUGUCCUGCAAGGCUUCUCGAUUCAAUACCUGCUCCACCCUGGCAGAUGCUCCUACCGGGGUCUUGGAUAAGAUAGCUUUGCAAACGAGAUUCUCUUAACUGAGGGCCCCCAAGAGACCAGGUUUGCUUUGGAGUUGGUCUGCACUUUGCUUUAGACUGGACAUUGGAGCCGGCGGCUGGUCGUGGUGGUACGUUGCUGUUCCCAGAAGAAAUCUCUCGUGCCUGGCAAGGAGAGCAAGCAGCAGGGAACAAACCGAUGGGCUUUGUGUCCUCGGGGAGCAGCUCUUCUGGGCAGCUCAAGGAUGUUUUGUUCUUUGGGGAAAACAAACCGGUGCCACAACAAACACCGCAGCCGGGCCAAGGCAGAGUAAUUCAGAGCAGGACGUACCUGCUGUCCCACGUACAGACGCGCUGGAGCAGCGGUAGGUGUAUAUACCCCGUAUCUCACCUCGUGGCUGGGUAUGGGGUCCGUACCCGCUAUCUCACCUCGUGGCUGGGUACAGCAGGCGGCCGGCGCUGUGUUUGGAGCACAAAGACUUCUCCCCAUGGUCUGUUUAGGAGGCAGGCCAGCUUCUAAGCAAGACAAACACACAUCGGGUGUGUUUAAAACACUCUUUGGAGAGCGUAUGUCUUCUUUAUGUAGGAUAGAGAUUGUUCCUAAGCAACAGAGAGCACUUUCUGCCUCUGGAAGAACACCGGCUCUCACAGGUAGCAGUUAAAUUGCUGCGCAUUUUUUUCUUUUAAAUUGCAGUUCAUUAGUGAAAGGACAAUAUACAUUCAGAAAUGUGCAUUCUUCAGUCGGAGACCAUGUGGGAGCACGCGGCCACCGAAAGCAGACGGCUUGUUUUGAAUGGGGGCGACUUUCAUAACCUGCUUGACUUUUGGAAGAAGCCACCUGCAUAAGCAGACUGGAGGGUCCCAAUUUCUCCAGCUGACAGCAUGCAGCCAAACAAGCCAGACGUAGCUGGGGACAUCUGAAAUUAUCGCUGUUCUUCGUAGCUGGGCAGGACUCAAGGGGAUGGGGCACCCAGAAAGAUCUCAAGUGAUGUGUUUGCUGGGGAAGACAUCUCAAUGUCCGCUCUCAGGGUAGUAUAAGAUCCUACGUGAGAUGUUCAAGCUCCUUGGGUGGAGGUGGGAAUCUUGGUGAAGGGCUGCUCUAACCCAGAAACUGCCGGAUAAAGGGUGGGUUUGAUUCUUGGACGCUGCUUGGUGUCUCCAGAUGCCUGGUGCAUCUGUGGCCCGUCAGCCGGGUCCAUGCAAGGAGCACACUGAGAAGGCAGCGUCUCCUUGCACCCAGAUGCCCACCUUGGUUUUAACCUCUUGAUUUCCCGGGAGGAAGCCUUUGGGGACAGCCCACAGGCACCAGCAUCACCAUAAGCACCAAGUCUCAGGGUCACGACAGCUUCUGGCCACCCAAGGCCAUGCCUUCGGUUCACCAUCUGCUGCUGUGCUCCAUGGGGCUGAGCCAUGUAUCUCCCACCACUCUUCAUGCCCGGGGACAGGACUUUAAAGCCCCUAGAUGGCAUGUCCUCACCGUGCGUGAAAGCUGUCCGUGGUGUUGGCCAUCACUCCUGCUUUCAGAGAGCAGCUUGACAUCCUCCGGAUGGUCGGACCCUAGCAGGACCCCUAAUCCAUUCUCGUUAUGCCCAGGCAUGAGCUGCUGCCCACUCACGUUCCUGCUGAGACCUUUAUGGUGCUCCUAGAAGGACCACGUUAUCUUCUGUGGUGCAACCAGCGGAGAUGGCGACCCAUCAAAUGCAAAGUGAUGUGGAUGCCUGUGACCUCCGUUGCGUACCCGCAAAGCAGCUAACGCCGUUUGCUUCUCACAGCUUUCUCGUGGCCACGCAGGGUUGUGCUCGGGGCAGAGGCUGGAUCGCUCGUCCUGGAGGAGCAAAGCAAAGCAGAAGGUGCACUGCUUGUCCUUCCCUCUAAUAAAGGCUUAAAAAGCUCG